GGCGGCGGCGGCGUCGGCGAGGCCUGCGGUUGUUGGGGGCGGGUUCCCCUCGGCGCUCCCCCAUGGAGGAGGCGAAGCGCACGGCUGCAGCCCCGAAUGCCCAAACUUCCCACUGGACGGCGAAGAAGCGGGUGGCCUCGCGAGCGCAAGAGAGGGCGGCCCAUGCGGCCUGUGUGGGAGUGUGAGCGGAGGUGACCGGAGCGGAGAGCGGAGGGGAAGCGGCGCCGCCGGCCCGCCGGCUGGGAUUUGAAGACUGCAUCAUCCUGCAUCCAGUACCAGCAGUUUCUCUGUUCUGUGAUCAAUGUGAUUCACAAGAACUUCUUAAGUAACAAACGAAAUGAGCCAGGGGCAUGGAAAAUAUGACUUUUAUAUUGGUCUGGGAUUGGCUAUGAGCUCCAGCAUUUUCAUUGGAGGGAGUUUCAUUUUGAAAAAAAAAGGCCUUCUGCGACUUGCCAGAAAAGGCUCCAUGAGAGCAGGUCAAGGUGGCCAUGCGUAUCUUAAAGAAUGGUUGUGGUGGGCUGGACUGCUAUCAAUGGGAGCAGGCGAGGUGGCCAACUUUGCUGCGUAUGCCUUUGCACCAGCCACCCUAGUGACUCCGUUAGGAGCUCUCAGCGUACUAGUAAGUGCCAUUCUUUCUUCAUACUUUCUAAAUGAAAGACUUAAUCUUCAUGGGAAAAUUGGAUGUUUGCUAAGUAUUCUGGGAUCUACAGUUAUGGUCAUUCAUGCUCCAAAAGAAGAGGAGAUUGAGACUUUAAAUGAAAUGUCUCACAAGCUAAGGGACCCAGGUUUUGUGGUCUUUGCAACACUUGUGGUCAUUGUGUCCUUGAUAUUAAUCUUCGUGGUGGGACCUCGCCAUGGACAGACAAACAUUCUUGUGUACAUAACAAUCUGCUCGGUCAUUGGUGCAUUUUCAGUCUCCUGUGUUAAGGGCCUGGGCAUUGCUAUCAAAGAGCUGUUUGCUGGAAAGCCUGUGCUGCGACAUCCCCUGGCCUGGAUUCUGCUGCUGAGCCUCAUAGUCUGUGUGAGCACACAGAUUAAUUACCUGAACAGGGCCCUGGACAUAUUCAACACUUCCAUCGUGACUCCAAUAUAUUAUGUGUUCUUUACAACAUCCGUUUUAACUUGUUCAGCUAUUCUUUUUAAGGAGUGGCAAGAUAUGCCUGUUGAUGAUGUCAUUGGUACUUUGAGUGGCUUCUUUACAAUCAUUGUGGGAAUAUUCUUGUUGCAUGCCUUUAAAGACGUCAGCUUUAGUCUAGCAAGUCUGCCCGUGUCUUUUCGAAAAGAUGAAAAAGCAAUGAAUGGCAAUCUCUCUAAUAUGUAUGAAGUUCUUAAUAAUGAAGAAAGCUUAACCUGUGGAAUUGAACAACACACUGGUGAAAAUAUUUCCCGAAGAAAUGGAAAUUUGACAGCUUUUUAAGAAAGAUGUAAUUAAAAGGUUCAUCUAUAAUUGUGUUAUAAAGCGAAUCUGAAUAUCAGAAUGUGUCUGAAAAAAGCAUUGUUCUCAAAUUAAUAUUCUCUAGAGACAAUCUUUUUUAAUAUUUCACUAAUUUGGACCAAGAAAUUACUUCUCUUUUAUUUAAAUGAUGGUGGCUCACUAAAAUGACCUCCGUAUGUGGCCAAUUUCUAUUAACAUUGUAUUAUUGUAGAGGUAUUUUAAAUUUUCCUUCACCAAAAUCUAAAAGCACUACUAAUGACAGUUUUAAGUCUAUAAAAAUGCUUUAUUUUUUCAUUGGUGAUGAAAGUCUGGAAUGUACAUCUGUGAUCCCUACUCUAUCAAACUCUGACCAUUUUAAGGCUUUUUGAUUUAAAAAAGAACAAAAUUAUCCCAAUAUAUUAUCCUAUAAUUUACCUUGCCUAUAAAAAUGACUCCUGUUUGAUGAAUUAUUUUAAUUUUGAAAUGUUAGCUUGAGAGAAUCUGAAGUUAUCAAAUGAAGGAAACUCAUUUACAAAACAAGGGUAAGAAAUCACCCCACAGAAAUAUUUCUCAGGCUGUGACUUGUCACCACACACAUUCAGUGGCCUUCCUAGACAACACCUUGUUAAACCAGUGCUGCAGCCCAGCUGGUUUUAUUCUUAGUUACUGUAAUCCCCUGGUACCUGGAAACUUGAUUAACCAUGUUACAUCAGCUCUUGUACUUUUCAAUAUAUUUUCAUAAUGAGUUAUGUCAUUUAGAUCUUCUAACAACUCUGGGAAGUAAAGUCAGAAGACUAGGGUAAUUUCUUAAAUUUAGCUCAUGUUAUAAUAAAAAGACAAAUUGAAACAAA